AUGAAUUAUGUUUCAGAUAGUAGCAGACAGUUGUAUGAUAGCAGUGGGACAAGAGAAGUAAACAAGCACAAGCCAUGGAUUGAAACAUCUUAUCAUGGAGUUAUUACUGAAAACAAUGAUACGGUCAUACUGGAUCCUCCAUUAGUUGCUUUGGAUAAAGAUGCGCCUAUUCCAUAUGCAGGUGAAAUCUGUGCUUUUAAAAUCCACGGACAAGAAAUGCCCUUUGAAGCUGUAGUCCUAAACAAGACAUCUGGAGAAGGUCAGCUUCGAGCAAAAAGUCCAAUUGACUGUGAAUUGCAGAAGGAGUACACAUUUAUCAUUCAAGCAUAUGACUGUGGCACAGAGCCUAGUGGAACAAACUGGAAAAAGUCUCACAAAGCUGUGGUCCAUAUCCAAGUAAAAGAUGCUAAUGAAUUUGCACCUGCUUUUAAAGAAGCAUCUUAUAAAGCUACAGUGACAGAAGGAAAGAUCUACGACAGUGUGUUACAGGUAGAAGCCAUGGAUGAAGAUUGUUCUCCUCAAUACAGUCAAAUAUGCAAUUAUGAAAUUGUCACAACUGAUGUUCCAUUUGCUAUUGACAGGAAUGGGAAUAUCAGAAAUACUGAAAAGCUCAGUUAUGACAAAGAGCAUCAGUAUGAAAUAAUGGUAACAGCUUUUGACUGUGGGCAGAAACGUGCAACUGAAGAUGUCCUAGUACGUGUUGAAGUUAAGCCUGUGUGUAAACCUGGAUGGCAAGACUGGAAAAGACAUAUUGAGUACAAGCCUGGUUCAGGGAGCAUACCUUUAUUUCCUAUUAUUCACCUGGAGACCUGUGAUGGACCUGUUUCUUCUAUCCAUGCCACUGUUGAGCUUCAGACUAAUUAUAUUGGAAAAGGCUGCGACCGUGAGACCUAUUCAGAAAAAUCUCUGCAGAAAUUAUGUGGAGCAUCUUCAGGUGCCAUUGACCUGCUACCAACACACAGUGCUGCAAAUAACUGGACAGCUGGUCUUCUGAUGGACAGCAAUGAUAUGGUUUUUAAAUUUGAUGGAAAGCAAGGUGCCAAAAUUCCUGAUGGAAUAGUACCAAAAAAUCUAACUGACCACUUUACCAUCACCAUGUGGAUGAAACAUGGCCCAAGUCCAGGGUUAAGAGCAGAGAAAGAAACUAUUUUGUGUAAUUCUGAUAAAACAGAAAUGAAUCGACACCAUUAUGCACUUUAUGUACAUAAUUGUCGACUAGUAUUUUUGUUACGGAAAGAUUUUGACCAAGCUGAUACCUUUCGUCCUGCAGAAUUUCACUGGAAACUUGACCAGAUUUGUGAUAAAGAAUGGCACUACUAUGUUGUCAACGUUGAGUUCCCAGUAGCUACCUUGUAUAUGGAUGGUACAACAUAUGAACCUUACCUUGUAACUAAUGACUGGCCUAUUCAUCCAUCACACAUAGCAAUGCAACUCACUGUUGGUGCCUGUUGGCAAGGAGGAGAAGUCACAAAGCCCAGAUUUACUCAGUAUUUUCAUGGCAGUCUUGCCAGUCUUACCAUACGGCCAGGCAAAAUUAAGAGUCAAAAAGUGAUUUCCUGCUUGCAGGCUUGCAAGGAAGGUCUGGAUAUUAACUCCCUGGAGAGCCUUGGCCAAGGAAUAAAGUAUCACUUCAAUCCUUCCCAAUCAGUCCUUGUUAUAGAAGGAGAUGACAUUGAAAAUAUUAAUCAAGCUCUCCAAAAAGUCUCCUAUAUCAACUCAAGACAGUUUCCAACUUCAGGUAUUCGCCGCCUUAAAGUGUCAUCCAAAGUCCAAUGUUUUGGUGAAGAUACGUGCAUUAGUAUUCCAGACAUAGAUACCUAUGUAAUGGUGUUACAAGCCAAGGAGCCCAAGAUUACAAUAACUGGAAUGGAUCACUUUGCAAGACCUGCCACACAAUUUGAACAUGAAAGAGGGGUGAUUCUUUUACCAGACAUCAGAAUUGUCAGCACGGUUUCUAAAAUGGAACAUCCCUCUGACCUGAAGGAAACUGUGACUAGAGCCCACAAGCCAGUUCUGUUAGAAAAAGUGGAUCACAAUCUGGAUUUUUGUGAUAUUUUAGUAAUUGGAUCAGAAUUGGAUCCCAAGCAAGAGUGUUUGGAAUUGGACAAGAAAGACCUCCAAGGGAAACAUAUAGAAGCUACUAACUCUACAGCAGGAUAUUCAAUAUAUGGUGUGGACACUAUGAAAAACUAUGAAAAGGUUUUACAGCAAAUUCGCUAUCGUAAUUGGCACACAUCUUCCUUUUCUGAUAGAAAGUUUAGAAUCAAAUGUUCAGAACUCAAUGGGCGCUAUACCAGCAAUGAAUUCAAUUUAGAAGUAAUACUUCCAAGUAUGGCUACCAUCACCAUCAUAAUCUCUGUCAGUGUCUUAGUCUUCAUCAUAGCUAUGGGGGUGUAUAGAAUUCAUUCAGCUUGCCACCAUACUUCAAAGGAACAUGAAACUAAUAAAGAAAAUGAAAUGGACUGGGAUGACUCAGCUCUGACUAUCACAAUCAAUCCCAUGGAAAAAUAUGAACAACCUUGUGGAGAAGAAGAAAGUGAUGAGGAAGAAAUUGAAGAUGAAGAUGAUACAACCAGUGCAGAGUCAGAUGAGACUGAAGAAGAAGAAGAAGAAGAAGAGGAAGCCACUGGGAAUAAAGGAGACAAACAAAAUACAACCAGGCAAGAUCAGUUGGAGUGGGAUGAUUCAACAUUACCCUACUAGAGUCUUUAGUUUUCUUUCUCUUUUUGUAUAAACCAAUACUGUGUAUUUUGAGUCAAUCCUACUGAUUCAACCAUAUCUUGGAUCUAUGAAUUAAUUGACAGUUUAACUUCCUAUUGACUACAGAUGAUAAAACUGCAUUGUCUGAAUUUGAUAUAGUUGUAUCACAACUGCUCCCCAUAAUUGUUCCUUUCUUGAUAUGUCAGUAAUAGCACCUGGUAAAGCACAGUAUACAACUAUUAAAGAGUCAUUUGUAAAAAGGACACCAACCUGACAUUAUACAUUUGUUAUUGCUUCUCUAGUUCCCUGUUCCUUUUAAAUGUAUAUAAGCAAACCCAACUCAUCAGACUAUAAAGUCCAGGUUACUUUUAAAUUUUUCCAAGGUUCACACACAUAUAUAAAAUCUUUUUGGGAUUCCUUUUAAUUCUGCCUUGUUAAAGAUCCUACUGUCAAAGAUUUAAAAAUAUACAUGCCACGCAAUGCACAGGACAAAAUUCAUUUGCGCAUAUCUUUAUUUUCACUUUUUUGUUGUGGAUAUUUGAUCUUUGCAGAGAGUUUCAAAACACACUAAACUGUAUUUGUCUGUGCAUGUAUAAGAAUGCACUGCUAAUGUCCAAAGUUUGCUAAAAAGAAUUCUUGUCUAGUCCCUCAAUUAAAACUUAGUUAAAAGGCAUGUAAACCCUAUAAAUGGAAACCUUUG